UGGUAGCAUAAUCCACCAUGUCCACCAACGAGAAUGCAGACACUGAAGACUUAAUAGACCUCCACGUAGGCUCGCCCGUCCUCCCCCGAGUCCCCCCCUUCCCAUGCCAACCCGACGCCAUUUCGGACAACCUACUCGACUCAGAACUUCCAGUCCUCGAGCAAAAACUCCAAACCAGCGCCCACUCUUCCCUCCCUUGUCCCGACCGACGCCACAGCGUCGACGUGGAGGACAUCCUCAUCACCAUAGACGACGACAACGAGUUCACCAGGAGCAGCUCCGUGCGCCGCAGCAACAGCGAAGCCCUCCUGCACCACCCCCCCAAGAACCACCUCGACAAAUCCUGGUCGUGCGACAACAUCGAGGCCCUCACCGUCCUCAGGAACCUCGACGACAUCCUCAACGCCUCCCUCCUCGAGUCCGACAAGAUCCUCGCCAACGACGACUCCACCGAGAGCGUCGAAGCGUGCCUGCUCGACCUAGACAACUAUCUACAAGCACUCGAACUCGACGAUAACGUUAAUGACGCAUCGCUCGAAACCACCGAGCAACCAAGCAUACGAAGUAGCGCGAGUUCGCUACACACCGAGACCGCUAGCUCCGAAGAUGUUAGUUUGAGGAAUCGACUUCGACAGAUGGAGGAGAAUUAUGCGAGGUUUUUGGCUUCGGGGUGCGUGAACCGCGGGUUUGUUGACAGCGAGCCCCAGGUGUCGGCCACGUUGAGACCGAGGAGUGCGUGUGGGAGGCGCAGCGAAGCGCUGGAACGGAACCACCCGUACCGGGCUACCGUGACGGGCGGGAAGAGGGAGCGCCCGGUACUACCCAGGAUGGGUGACUCUGAGGUGGACUGGGGGUGGCUGCAGCAGGCGGCGGCGGCUGAGCGACGCGCGCACGCCGCCGCCGACUGUUGCACCGGCAGCGUGGUGGUGGAGCCGCCGAAGGACCGCGCGUGGCUGCGCAGCUCCAUGCGUCGGUUGCGCCACUUCCGGCUGCCCAGUGACGCCGCCGACGAGCCUGAGCCGCCGCCGUCGCCGCCACCGCCACCGCCGGAGGCGACGCGGCCCCUCAGCGCUCCGUCGCGCUUGGGGCGCGCGCGCACGAGAGAAGAGGGCGCGGUUCCGCAGGAGCCGGCAGGCCGCACCAGGAGCAGCUCGGCGUCUUCAAGGCGCCCCAGGAGUCUGUCGUCGAGUGUCACCAGCCUGGCGUCCACCGUGGACACGAGUCCUAGUUGCACCUCGGCGCCGACGCCCACACAACAAGACCAGCAGAGACCAUGUGAGAGAGCCCGCUCGAGCGACAUGCCCGAGUCCGAAAGCCCCAUCGGGCAGUGGCCUCACAGCCUCAGCUCCAUGAUGGCGUGCCUCGGCUGCACCCUCGGCCUCUUCAACAUCUCCCGCUUCGCAGUCCUCACCAUCCACUUCGGAGCCAACUUCAUUUUCCAGUUUUUCCUGCUGUCGGUGGUGUUCGGGCUGCCACUUUUCACCCUCCAACUCUGCUUAGGCCAGCAGCUGGGGGCCGGCGUCAUCGACAUGUGGCGCAUUUCGCCCCUGUUCCAGGGCGUCGGGGUGGCGCUGCUCAUCGCCCAGACCCUCCUGGGGCUCUACAGCAUAAUCGGCGUGUCCUGGAUGUUCGUCUUUUUCCGCGACUCGUUCAUCACGAAGAUGGAUAAAUACCGGUGGGCGGAGCCUUUCAUCCCCUACAGAGGUGUUCAAGUCCCGGUGAAUGGCAGCUGGAAGUUGACGGAGACGGUACCGGAUUACUUCAGCGGGGUGGUGCUGCAGAGGCACCAUCUAGCGUCGGGGAGCUCCUACGGGACCAUCAAGUUCCAGCUGGCUUUCAAUUUAGCGGUGGUGUGGAUGAUCGUGUUCGUGUCGCUGAGCAAGGGAUUGAGGUCCUACGGGAAGGUCAUCUACAUCUUCACGCUGUUGCCCGUUUUUGGGACGUUCGUGCUGUGUGCGAAGAUUUUGGGGAUGAUGCCCACGGAGUCGAUUAAUAUUAUUUUUCCGGAGACGACGUGGAACGAGUUCUUCUUGAACCCGAAGAGUUGGUUGGCGGCGGCGCAAGAAACCUUCUUCACGUGGGGGAUUCUAGGGACCGCGGUUAUGCAGAUUGCGUCACACAACAAGCACAAACAUCUACUUCAAAGAGAUUCUAGUCUUGUGGCUGUAAUAACUUUCACGAUUUUGCUGCUGGUGGCGUUUUUGGCGAAUACGUGUGUCCAGAUUCUGCGGUACUACAACUACAACUUCAUACCGGACUCUUUUGAAUCAACUUCUUCAUACUCGUUCCUGCGCGACAAAAAGGACGCGCUGCCUCCAUCUUUGGCCAACACCCCCGUCAAGUACAUGGUGCAUAAUUCUUUCUUCUUGGGCGAGAAAGUGGUUCGACCGGGGGCUGACACCACGCGAGAAAGUGGUUAUCAGGCUCUCCGUCUAGCCACCGAACUUCUUCCAGCCACUUUCGCUGCUUUAGGGGCCGACCAAGUGUCCCCUUUCUGGGCUGUGCUUUUCUACUUCAUUCUAAUCCUCUUCGGCAUCGCACAACAACUGGCAAUCUGGCACUGCGUCAUCACCGGAAUCAUCGCCAUCAAAGCUCAAGUUCUGAAGUCCUGGGAGACGACAAUAACGUUGUUCAGCUGCAUCUGUGGGUUCCUUUUUGGGCUUCCCAUGGCUACAGAGUUCGGCAUCUAUGUGGUGUACUUCAUGGACUAUACAGUUGGAGGGAUGUGGUGGCUGCUUGUCAUUAUUCUCCUUCUUAUUAUCGCGGUGUUCAUGGUACGCGGGCGCCCCUAUAGUGGGGAUACCGUCGUUACGGCCCUGUUCACACCCAACAACCAUCCGUGCAUACUUAGCUGGGCCCCGGCUUUACUAUCCUUCAACUGGAAUGUGAUUCUUCCAGUAGCCUUGAUGACUUUGUGCAUCAGUACCUUCAAGAACGGCAACUUCAGAGAAAUCUUCAUCUGGCACCAUGCCCCGGUGGCGGAGUACUGGCCUCUGUGGGCCCGCCAAAUCGGUUCAAUGCUCCAGCUAGUACCAAUCCUUCUAGUUCCUCUAGUUGCAGUAAUCCAAAGCUACAGAUACUUGAACAACGGGCCCUCUGACAUCCUCGAGAGGAUCCAACUCUUGUAUCGUCCUCCAAUCGGCGAGCACAUGACUGACUUAGCCGUCCAUGACGCCGUGGUGUCCAACAACGUCAGCGCCACGCCGCCGAACUCCACGGCCAACGCCGCCACCGAGGACCCGCCCCCUAAGUACACCCCGCCGCCGUCGUACACCACCGCCACCGGCGCCCGCAUCGCCAAGUUCCUCCGGCAGAGCAUCCGCAGGAGCGUGCGGCGUCUGGCUAACGUUCUAGGUGAGAGUAGUACCACCCGGCAACGAGGAACUCUACCGGCCCCCAGCCAGCCGCCGCCCCCCGACUACAACGCGGUUCUAGUCGAAAUGAGCCAAACCAACAGUACUGACGUAUCGAUCUCGGUUCCCGCUGCCAGUACUAACAGUACUCCGGUCAGGAUCUCCACGCUGGAGAGGCUGCGCAAUAUUCAGCCUACUCCGGGUUCGCCGACUUUGACGGCGGCGGAGGUGGCGUCGAUCUUGCGGACUAGCUUCAGGAGGAGUACCGUGCGGGGGAGGAACUUCAACGAGGACGGUACCGCGUCGCUCAGUGCCGAGAACCUGGUGGAUUCGGCGGCGCCGAUCGGGGAGACGUCGCUGGUUGUGGACCAUUUGCCCGAGUCGGGGGCGGCGGAUGUGAAGCGCGAAGCUAACUCGUCUGUGAUAUAAGUUAUUGCGAGGUGGUACCGGCUGUAUUUAUUCGGACCAAGUGCGUUUAUGUAAGCGAUUCAAAUAUCUUUUGCGUUUAUUAAUUUAUUAUAGUGACCAAAAGAUUUUUUUUUACUUUUGUAACAAAUCGUUAUGAUGUAAAGAACUGAUAAUAUAGGUGUACAAAAAUAAUCGAAUUAAAGUGAUCAAACUUACAA